AUGAAGAUCCCAUCAUUGAUGCAAAAAUCAUUCGAAGAUGUCUAUGAUGAGUUCUUCUUUGCUUGCUCUCAUGGCGAUUAUCUUUCUGUCGAACGUCUCCUGAAAAAUGGUAGUAUUAACCAUGCGGAUAUUUCGACAACAAAAGAUGAUCAACGACUCUCACCGAUCCUUGUUGCUAUUGAGCACAACCAUCUAGCAGUAAUCCAAAUAUUACUCGAUCAUUUGCCGUAUAGUGAUUUUCGCGAAGUGCUUCUUCUCGCCAUUUAUCUCGAUUCGACUAAAAUCGCGCAAAUUAUUAUGGAGCAUGACACUUUUAAAUGCUUUUACGGAACAUUUGCUGAUUGGCAAACGGAUACAGUAGCGACCUAUGACGAGUCCCAUUUUGCAGCUGUACGGCCAAUUCAGUUAGCAGCUCAGUACAAUCGAACGGCAAUUCUAUACGACUUUCUGAAGCGAGGUGAACGUAUUGAAGUUCCCCAUAAUAUCGAAUGCACCUGUAAUGAAUGUAAAUCAGCUGGCUCCAGUGAUAGUCUACGUCACUCGCAAUUGCGUCUUUCUACGUAUCGCGGUCUUUCAUCGGCUGUGUAUCUUGCAUUAGCAUCGAAGGAUCCUAUCACUAGGGCAUUUGAUCUAAGCAACGAUCUUUCGGAGCUGAUCAAAAGUGAAGCUCAUUUUCGAAGUGAAUAUUCGAGUCUAUUCAAUCAAGUGUCGACUUUUACUACACAUCUGCUUGAUCAUAUUCGAAAUCAAACAGAGCUCGAAUUGUUGUUAACCAGCGAACGAUUAAAUGCUGCUAUUGAACAUAACCAACAAGAAUUCAUUACACAUACUACCACACAACAACGUUUAACUGAGCUAUGGUAUUAUAACAUCGAACGGAUUCGAUCAGGGACAUUGCAAAAACGAAUUUUAGUGUCGCUCUAUUACUUCAUCAUAUACAUUCCAAUGUACAUCGCUUACUUUUGGUUUCCAUUUCAUUUCGAACGUCGAUGCCGAUGGUAUUUUCAACAAGCAGUCAUUCAAAUGUUAUUACAUUCAAUCACUUAUCAGUCGUUUCUUUUAAUGUUAAUCUUUUCCAGUAUAUUCAAGUCUUAUAAAACUCUACUGGAAGAUGAGUAUCCGCAGAUUGCUUUGUAUUAUCAACGCUUAUUAGAAAUGGAUAAACAAAGCUUGUUUUGUAAACGAACUAUAAUUACACCGUUAGAAAUUCUUCUUCUCCUCUGGAUGCUUGGUUAUGUUCAAGAAAACAUUAGUACGAUAAUUUGUACACGACGACGGUUGGGACUUAUGGACCUAUCAAUAACGAUCUUGUUUACUCUAUACGUUUUGCUAUUUACAAUCGCUGCAAUCCAGAGCCAUCUCGAAUGGAAAUUCAUUCUUGAUAUCAACCGAUGGAAACAUUUCGGACGUUUACACAAUGCAAGUGAGUUAUCCGAUGAAUAUAGACAAAUCAAAUCUCGUGACUACUUCGGUCCUCUACUAAAUUUUCUAAUCAUCACGAGUAAGAUUAUAUAUCGUUGGUUUAUAUUCAUCUUUAUUUUCCUCGUUGCUUAUCAAACGUCAUUCCUACAUUUAUUUUCUUAUUAUUCUCACGAAGAAGAAUACCGAUAUGUUCUUCUGAAUAUCUCUGAUACCAAUCGGAAAAUCGCACGAAUUGUAACAAGUUUCGGUGAUCAAAAACGUUCAAUCAUCAAUGUUUUCUACACAUUGUUUGGCGUUGUUCAAAAUGAAUUGACUCAGAGCUACGCAAAUCAAACGAACGAUGAUUUGAUGUCGUCUAUGAAUCAUACACAUGAUUAUUAUCUGUUAAAUACUUUCACAUCAACCGUCGGUUCAUUUCUCUACGGGUCAUUAGCAUUUGGUACCCGUAUUGUUCUUAUCACGAUGAUUAUUGCGUAUAUCAAACGUCUCUAUAGCUUAACUAAACAGCAAGCAUUGAACAGAUGGAAGUUUGCUCGUGCAAAAUUAUACAUGAAGUAUAUUUCCAAAGAUCCGGAUAUUCUUCCUGUUCCAUUGAAUCUCGUUCCAACACCGAAGCAUCUACUAACAUUAUUUCGAAAGAAAUCUUCGUCAAGAAUAACGAAGCAAACAACACGUACACAAGAAACUUAUUUACGAAGCUUAAAUUAUAUUCCACAUGAAUAUAAUUGCCAUAAGAAGCCGACUAGUGAAGAGAUCAUGGAUUGUGUUGUUCUACGUUAUCUUGCUGAAUCUUAUCCGUUCGAUACUCAGUCAUCAAAACGUACACGGCGUAUGGAAUAUCAGCAGCAAUUAUCGGAUAUACGAUAUCACGUUCUCGAUGAACUACAAAUGAUUCAGGAGGAGAAUCAAAUGUUAAAAAGUCAUGUUUCAACUAUUUUCUUUGGUUUGAAUGGACACGCGUAG